CGUAACACACAUAACAUUUAUUAGCUACUUACUCUUUACGCGACACUUAGCUUUGUAGCAGAGAAUUGUGAUCACGGAUAAACAAUUUUUGUUUUUCUAAUCGAUCCUUCCAUUUACACAACACGUUACACACACUCGCACUUCGUAACAUGUUUUUUUUUUUUUUUUUUUUCCAUGCCCUCUAACUACUUAUGAAGAGAACGCACGAGGAUCACCUUUGUCAUGCAACAUGCUCAUGCAAGAACUUGAAUUUAUCGCGACGGAGAAAUCGUCGACGCGUCAUUUCGGUAAGAAUAAUUUCACUGUCUGCAAAAUUUUUUUAUAUAAUUUCUACAAAAUAAUCAAAAUACUUGAAAAAAGCUCCAAGAGGUCAACGUUUUUUAUUUGCCACCUCUCUCCAGAUAGACUAUAGUUUUUUUUUUUAAAGAUAUAGUUUUCAUCAAACAGACUCGUCAUUUAUUUUCCGUGUACCACGCAGCCGCAGCUUUUGUAUCGUGUGAAGCGAUCCGACAACGAACUGUUGUUAAUUAUUAUUAUCUAUAUAAACGCGUAAAACACGGGAGGACGCGUGUGAAACGGGAGCGAAAUCAGCGUGGCGCAAGAUUUUAUUACGCAAUAACAAAACGUGAGAAUAUCGCAACGCGGUGUUAAAAAAAAAAAAACCCGACACGGUCGAGAGCGGUCAAAGAUAAAUUUACGUUCGCGAAAUGGACUCUCGUCCUUCGUGUCCUUGCGCGGAAAGUUCGGAGAAGGAGACGCGCACGCCGCGGACGCAUCUCGUGCCAAUGGUGACGCAACCCGCUCCACCCUGGUCGGGUGCCGCGGUGAUAAACGCGAAGAUGCAGGAACUGUCGUCGCGAAGUUACGCGAAGAAAUAUCUGGUGCUUCUUUUCUACUCCUGCAACUUCUCGUUCGUGUGCCCAACCGAGAUCAUCCAGUUUAGCGAUCGCAUCGCCGAUUUCCGAGCUCUCGAAGCGGAAGUGGUGGCCGUCUCGACGGACUCCAAGUACGCGCAUUUCGCUUGGGUGAUGACGCCGCGUAAACAAGGAGGUUUGGGCGAAAUGAGAAUUCCAUUGCUCGCCGACAGAAAUCACGAGAUAGCGAGAGCCUACGGUGUGCUGAACGAAAAAGAAGGAACCGCUUACAGAGCUCUGUUCGUUAUAGACAGACAACAGAACAUACGUCAAGUUACGAUAAACGACGAGAACUUGCCGCGGUCGGUGGACGAGGUUCUGCGAUUGAUAAAACUUUGCUGUUACGCGGACGAACACGGCAGUGUGUGCCCCUACGGACCGUUGCAGACCGUCGCGAGUUCUUCCGGGGACGACGAGUCGCGAUACUUCGACACAACCUAAUUUCGCACUCGCGAAACGUCCCUCUCUCUCUCUCUCUCUCGUCCCUCUUCGUAAUUAAGUUUAAAUUUUUUUAAUUAAUUUGUAAUUGAAUAAAAUAAAAUAAUCGCGACGGCAUUGCGUUGUACUUGUACGAACAAACACGUAGAACCAACGAUAUUAAUAAAUAAAAUUGUUUCGAUGAAUUAAUUAUUACACAGAUAUAAAAACGUUGA